AUGGGGACAGCUGUUAAUCCCCAGACCUGGAUUGAGAUUGGUGACCUUAUCAGCAAAGCGCUAGACGCUCGGGAGAAAUAUCGAAAGGGCCCUCAAAAUCAACGAACCAUGGCUACAACGUGGAAGCCUAUUGAGCGACUCCUCCACAAAUUCCCUGAAGGCACAUUCACCACCUACGACUAUGACACCGUGUCCAACAUUGACCCAUACUGCGAAGAAGUCCUCGCUACUUUUACGGAAAUCAUCUGGGCUUUCAGCUCAGGUCCGGUUUUAGAUGGGCUGGAUUGUCCUCAGGCCGCCACUGAUUACUACUCAUACUUCGGCCAGGAUUUAUAUCAAAUCUGGUAUCGUUCUAGUGACAACAGUACUUGGUCGACCCUGUUCAGCAGGGUGACGAAUGACAUUGCCAACUACAGUCUGAUUACAACCGAUACUACGUCGCGGUCGGGUCUUGUCAACUCGCCAAGGGCAGCUAUGGCAGCUCAUGCUUGGGUCAUUACGAAUUCUAUGUGUGGCAGCGGCCCUGCGAGCCAUGCAAUUGCAACCAAGGCGAGGCAGCUUUGGGAGGAUAGAUGUGGCCAUUUUGUGGAAACUGAGAAUUAG